AUGACGAGAACGAGACUUCAACAAAAAGGGCUCACAGACGGCCUAUCUCAGAACGGCCACUAUACACAGAAGGAACCCAAGAGAACUGGCCAGCUGUAUCGCCGAAACUUUCCACCAACCUUUUGGGACAGCCUGUCCAGAGUUCCUCUCACGCGCCGUGCCCUAGGGGAACUCGACCGGCGGAACAGCAUUCGGGGUGCACCAGGACCGGCGGAACUUACAGCAUCCACGGCCGAUCUCGUUCGGUUUGCACGACACGGCGGCGCAGAUCUUCGCCAUCUGCGAGGAGUAUGGCUACAAGGCCUCUUGGCAAAAGACAAAAGAGGCACUGACGUUGGCUUAGUUUCCUGCACUGAGAAGAACGGACCGGAACAUGACUUCCCACCGCCCUGCAUCUUCCAGUCGCCGAGACACGCAGACAGGGUCGACAGAGGCAGCAGAAGUUUCUUCUACAACCAAACGGAGCUCGGCGUACGAUCCUGCUUUCCAGCAGCAUAUGAUUGA